CGUACACAAUCAAUUUGAGUAAAAUAAUCUUGAAAUAUUAGAUAUAUACUAAGUAAAAAUUUACCUCUUCUAAACUUGUAGGUGCCAGCUGCAAUAUAAUGGGGAAUUUGCUUGCUAGACUUUAUAAUUACUAUUAUUAUGGUGCUACGAAUAGCCAAAGUAAUGCUGGUUCCAAUAAUGGGACAUCAUUAUCCCAUGAAGAAGGAAGUGAGGCUAAGAGCAGCACAGAUGAAUCACGGUCAUCAAACACAAGUAGUAGGACUUCCACGGAUUCCGAUGACUGUGGCGGGACAUCAAUACGGAAGGGCGAUCAUCAUCACCGGCAACCUGUUGUGUUGAAAAACCCAACGGGACGUAACAUUCAUGAAAAGUACUACUGGAUUCCCCACAGACGGGAGCUGGGGAGAGGAGGGUGGGGGGUGGUGCGCGUGUGCAUUGAUCCGGACUCCGGCGAGGAACUGGCCUGCAAGUCCAUCUCCAAACGCAAAAUGCUGCAGAAUGAUGAGAAUGUUGAAUGCGUGAGGAGAGAGGUGGCGAUCUUGUACCACUUGAAGAACUGCCCAAACGUCGUUACCAUCAAGGACACUUUUGAGGAUGACGAUCAAGUCCACAUUGUGAUGGAGCUAUUGAAGGGAAAGUUGUUGCAUGACGCUAUGGCCGAGAGGGAGGAAUUGGACCUCACCUACACAGAGGAGGAAGCUUCAAACCUUAUCACGGCUAUUGUACAAGUCAUUAAGACGUUGCACAAUAAUGGAGUGAUGCAUCGUGACAUCAAACCUGAUAAUUUUAUGUUUCAAAGUGCCGACGAAACUUCUACUUUAAAGGCAAUUGAUUUUGGACUAUCACAUUUCUAUAAGCCCGGAGAGCCAUGUAAGCUUAAAACCUUCAGUGACUAUUAUGUGGCUCCUGAAGUUUUAAGAGGCGGCACACAUGGCCCGAAGGUUGAUAUUUGGGGCGCUGGGGUCUUGCUCUUCGUCCUUCUUAGUUUUAAAUAUCCCUUUUGGGGAGGGAAUAGGGAUGGUAUGCUUAGAGCAGUUGCACGCGCUGAAGUCUGUUUCAAUGGUCACCCUUGGCGAAAUAUUUCUAAAAAUGCUAAGGAUCUUAUAAAGAAAAUGCUUCAUCCAGACCCACGUGAACGACUUACUGCUGAACAAGUUCUUAAUGAUCCAUGGCUAAAAACGUCAAGAAAGCAUUACCAUAUGGCCAGUGAUGCUGACAACUGAAGACGCUUCAAUUCGGUUUAUAGUACGUAUUAUACAAGCUAAAUCAUUGUUAACUGGACAGAGGCAUCAGAUUUGGAAUAGUAUACCGUGUAGAAGAGGCCGCUAUCAGCCUAUCAUGCAAUAGUAGAGUAUAAUCUUUAUCUUUAAAUUAUAAAGGAAUUGGGCUCGGAUAACAAUAAGUUACGUAGUACUCCGUAUUAAUUGGAUGAUGUGUAAGAUUAUUUUAAAGAUUAUCAUUGUGAAUGAGAGAUUAUUUUGAGAGAUUA